GUCAUACUCCCUUUGGCCGCCGGGGGCGCUAGAUCUCCCAGUGCUGCAGCAGCAACAGCAGCACGGUGGUGGGUCCAGUCGUCACUGGUCGUCAUACGCAGCAACUUCUCCCGAGGACUCCGCGAACAACCGAUUCCUGUGAUGCCCCGCUCAAAGGAAGGAAGGGGAGCUUGAAGACGACUGCAUGAACCCGGUCGACGCAGAGUUCAGCUGGAGCCUAUCCCAGCUAGCUGUGGGGCAAGGCGGGGUACACUCCUGGACCGAUCACCUGUGAAUCAAUGGUCUGGUGAGACACGCGUCUUUGACAACGGCUUUCGGAUGCGGGCCGUGCUGCAACUCGGGUGAAAGAGGGCAUGUGCUAAUUGUUAGGAUGAAGGAGGAGAGUUUAUUCCAACGGAGGUUUUCUCUGUGUCCAAAUGCCACUUCCCCACCCAAAAUUGAUCCCCGCCCCCUCACCAGGAACCUGUCUUUUGGAGACUACAACCUCAGUCCAGUCGGAGCUGGACUUGGAUGCGUGGAAACCACGACCACACUGUUUGCAUUUGGCUUAUUUAUGGCGCUGUGACUUGAGUUGCAGGAUUAGCCCCAGUGGACGGCAUGAAGAACUUCAUUUCAUGUCUUUUUUAUUGACAAAGAGCAGUGAGACGGACAGGCAGGAUCUCUCGGUGAUGACGAAUGAACUUAGUCCUGCCCAAUCACCAGGCAGCAAGUCCGAGUCAAGGAUGUUUAACGGCCUUGAGAAGGAUUGCCCCUCCCCGACAGAAAAGCUUGCUCGAAAGGAGUCUCUUAAGGUCCAAAAGCAGAAUUACCGGCAAGAAAAGAAACGGGCAGCCAAAGAAUUGUUUAGUGCGCUGAAGGACCCAAGUGUUGUCAUUAUGUCCAACUGGCUGAAGAUCCGGGGUUCUUUAAAAAGUUGGACCAAGCUGUGGACUGUCUUGAAGCCUGGAGUUCUCUUGAUAUACAAGACCCCUAAAACAGACCAGUGGGUUGGUACCAUCCUGCUGAGUGCCUGUAAGCUGAUCGAGAGGCCCUCAAAGAAGGACGGCUUCUGCUUCAAGCUUUACCAUCCACUGGACAAGUCCAUUUGGGCUGUCAAGGGUCCCAAAGGAGAGAAUGUUGGAUCCAUCACACAGCCUUUACCCAGCAACUACCUGAUUUUCAGAGCUGCUUCUGAGUCUGAUGGUCGAUGCUGGAUGGAUGCCCUGGAGAUUGCGCUCAGUUGCUCCAGCCUCUACAAGCUAACUGCCAAAUCAGGCAAAGAUGGCGAUAUCAGCACCGCUUCGGAGUCCUCCCACUUUCUCCAUCUUUUGCAGUCCAGCUCGCUCACAGACGCAGAGCUUUUGCAGCUGAAUGAGUCCGUGCUGCUCGGCAACCACAUGGACCACGACGAACUGUCAGAUAAAUCGGAGCGUGAUGGUCACGACGACUGGGACGCCUCCGCAAUUGAUAAUGGAGGAAGGUUGACGGAGGAGAGUGAUGUGGACCAAUCGGAUGAGGCUCCCAUGCCACAGGGGACACGUUAUGUAGAGCAGGGUACAGAGGAGAUGGCUGAGGCCGGGGAAGCGUCACAGGUGGAGACUGUUUCAGAGGAGAACAAGGGUCUGAUCUGGGGUAUUUUAAAGCAACUGCGGCCAGGCAUGGACCUUUCCAAGGUGGUGCUGCCGACCUUCAUUUUAGAGCCUCGCUCCUUUCUGGACAAGCUCUCAGACUACUACUACCACGCUGAUCUGCUUUCUCAAGCUACACUGGAGGACAGUGCGUAUGGUCGGAUGAAGCAGGUGCUCAGAUGGUACUUGUCUGGUUUUUACAAAAAGCCCAAGGGUUUAAAGAAGCCUUACAACCCAAUAUUGGGAGAAACCUUUCGCUGCUGUUGGCCUCACCCCCAGAGUGACAGCUGCACUUUCUACAUAGCUGAGCAGGUGUCCCACCACCCACCCAUCUCUGCCUUUUAUGUCUGCAAUAGGAGGGAUGGUUUUUCAAUCAGCGGAAGCAUCCUGGCCAAGUCCAAAUUCUACGGCAACUCUCUGUCUGCCAUUCUGGACGGCAAAGCCCGACUGCUCUUUCUGAGCAGAGAGGAGGCGUACGUCAUCACCAUGCCCUAUGCUCACUGCAAAGGAAUCCUUUACGGCACUAUGACACUGGAGCUGGGUGGGAAGGUCACCAUAGAGUGUGAGAAAACAAAGUGUUUCACCGAGCUGGAGUUCAAACUGAAGGUACACCGGAAACCGUUACUGUUCUGUUUCUGCCCCGCAGUCUUAGAACUAAGUUUGACAUUUUGGUUUUGUUCACCACAGCCUUUCCUGGGAGGCUCCUGUGCUGUCAAUCACAUAAGUGGCAAGAUCUUUGUGGGGGACGAGCUUGCUGCCACAGUGGACGGACACUGGGACAAUGAGGUUUGUAUUCAUGAGAAGCGGUCCGGACAGCAGACAACACUGUGGAACCCCGGCCCCGACGUGCGCGUCCAUCGUCUUAAGAGAAGAGUGGUCCACUCGGGCCAGCAGGGAGAGUUUGAGUCUGAAAGACUGUGGCGGCACGUGACGAGUGCCAUCGUUGAAAGGGACCAGGUGCGGGCCACGCAGGAAAAGUUUGUUUUGGAGGAAGCUCAGCGCAAAGAGGCCAGGGAGCGGGGAGAUAAACCAUGGACCCCAAGGUUUUUUCACCAGGACCCAGUGACAUCAGAGUGGACAUACAAGCAUAUGGAGACUCAGCCGUGGGAUCCUGAGCGUUGUGUGCUUCAGUUUGAGAGGGACGGAGUGAUCCAAACGCAGGAGAAAACGCAAAGACGGCAGCACAGAGGACUCUCUUACACCGAGAGUUGGGCCAGCCAGCGCAAGACUGAGGUGAAUAGGAUGUUCAGGAAGGCCAGCAGCCAGCCAUCCAGCUGCAGCCAGAACACAGAAAGCAGCAGCACCACCCCAGAACCAGCACACGAGUCUUCUGAUAACGAGGAGUUCUCAAAGCAUUGUGCACGAUGCAGCAAGGACGUGGCUCUCCUCCAGACCUCCAUCUCCUCCAUACAGAAGACACAGCAAGACAUUCAGAGGAACCUGUCGGCCCUGAGCCGACAGCUCACUCGGCAGUGGGUAGCUGACGACAGCGUGUCGUGGAUCGGCCGUCACUGCGUGAUCGUCUGCGUUGUGCUCUUCUCGCAUCUCCUCCUCAGCUACGUGCUCACUUGAGAAAACCUCAGAAGAGUUCUCUGUCCAGCACUGAUCUGGCAUCAGGGCCCCCCCUGCCCCCGUCCCUCGGACACCCACAAGCACAAACUAAUCAACAGGGGGUCUUACAACUCAGAUGUGUGUUGUUGGGUGAACCAUUUGCUGGUAAGAGGCUUAGCAUGAACUACAUAGCAAUAAACACAGCCAAUGCCUGUCAGAUAAAUGGCACCCCCUAGUGUAGCCAGACUGAAACAGCACCGGCACCAACGCACUUUGGACAAGGACAUUAAGAAGGGGAUCUUUCAUUGUACAAUGAAGAAUGAAUUAGUAAGCUUUUAGCAUCCCCGACAGUCUUUUUAUCUACUUGCCCUGCAAUACUGUGUACGCCCCUCCAAUGUCUCCUACGCCACUAUUCCACAUGUUGGGCCUUAACGCUGAUGCCAAAAAAAGAUAUACAAACACAGAAGGAACAUCUUCCAACAGUGCAAUUAUGCGUUUUGUAUUUACUGCAUUCUCACAUCCGUUCCAUUUGGUCUUUUAAAUGAGAAGUCAUUUUACCAAAAGAGUAUUUCUAACAGGGAAGGACAAAGUGUUGUUGUUUACAGGGAGCACUGUGUGUUUCUAUGGACACAUACUGUAGGAAGGACCACUUGAAGAGUGCAGGAGCCAUACAGAGUGUCUUUCUAGCUUUGUUUUUUUUUUUUUUUUUCCCAUCCGUGUGCCUGUAUGGCCUAACGGAAGAAGGACAAAAGUGUAGCACUGCUUUGCCCCGCAGCAUGAAAUAGUUUGGUGAAUUCCAUUUUCUCUUCUGUCAGAAGUGGCCUUCAGUAAAAAUGGGUAAUAAUCCAGAAGAAUCACCGGCAGUGUCACCAGUCAUUUCCUCAUUUGGAAAACACGGUAUGUACAUGUAUACGUACAUACUUAACGCUAUCUUAGACAUUUCUAUGAUUUGGUCUGCCGGUUGCGUCUCCUUACUAGCCAGCUUGAACAAACAUUUUAGCCGGAUGUCUUCUUCCAGAAGAGUUUUCUCGGAAAUGAAGUUGUUUGUUGAAACGUUCAUUCGAUGCUCAACUUGGUCCACGCCAUCUUCAAGUGACUUUGAAGAUGUUAAACACUUCAAUUAUUUCUUCUUUUCCAAGUGUAUACAGUUUGUCUGCGGUGCAUUUACAGUCCAUGUAAGAUUUCCGAAUGUAUUUAUUGUGUGAUUUAGCCUCUUGGUAACUAACUUCCAGCUAGAGAGGAGACCGUCUAGAGACCAGGGAUGACAAUCGUACUCCCAGAGUUGUAUGAUAUCUUCUAAUGCGUGUGUUUGUGCGCCAGAAAGCCAUUUGAGUUGUGCUAAAACAAAGCCAUGUCUGUGACCUUGGUUGUUUUCUUUGUUUUUAUCAGUUUUGUAACAUUUCAGUCCAGUGCCAGUACUGAUCUACCCCACGGGAGCAAAUCUUGGAGAUGAACGUCGACUCUGAAUGAUUUUAUGUACUUUUCAUUAAGGUUUUGUGUUUUUCUACUCGAAUGCCAUGUUGUGGGAUACUUUUGUUAUAUAUUGAACAAAAACAAAUAAUGAUGCCCAGUGUUUUCAUUCACUCCUGUUGCACACUGUAGCACUACAGUAAAACAUUUUAACCUUGA